CCCCAACGGGAGUUGCAGUGAACAGGACGACCUGGACAUCUCCCUAGAUAACCUGAACCAGCUCAUUCUGGAACUGGACCCCACGUUUGAUCCCAUCUACUUCAACAAGAGGUCCCAGUCCAGCAGCCUCCACACAGAUGACUCCUCUCCAGAUGAAGACGUCUCCAGCUGUGUGGCCGGAGGCUGUUCUCCAAGGCACAUCUCCACCUCCGUCUCCCCCUCCUGCAGCAUUCCCAUCCCACUGUCCUCUGCUUCUGGCUCCAGGUGCAGCCCCCAAGGCUCCCUGGCGUUCUCUGAUGCCUCCUCUCGCCCCCCCACUGCCGUGUGGAAGUGUCGUCCGCCGGCGGCUGCCCUCGACGCAGGGAGGCGAGGCGGGCAUGUGUUCAUCCCCGGUUACCCUGCGCAUGUCACACUCUCACAGGAACAGUGCCGUCUCGAUGGUCUCCACGUCGCCCGGCUCAGAAACCAGUUACAUGAUGGGCAGCUAUCAGUCCUUGCUCAGUGACAGUGAAGGCGACAGCCCCGAGUCUCUCCUCCUCUACCGCACGUCCAGCUCCUACAGCGACGUGUCCAGGUCCUCGACCAGGCCGUUCACCAACAAGCGUUCGCCGACCGGCCCAUCACCACUCGGCCACUUCCAGGGGAUCCACAGCAGCCCUGCCUCCCUGGCCGGUUCACUGACAGACAUCCCUGUGGUGUUGGUCAACGGAGCCCCAGAGCGGGAGCUCAGCCCCCAGUCACCUCCAGAGGCAAUGGUCCCAGACAUACAGAUCAAGCAGAGGCCCAGCGUCAGGCAAUCCUCGCCAUCUCCCUCUCACUCUUUGCAAGGCCAUUUCCAAGGCAACCAGCACUCCAUGAAGUUUGUCAUGGACACCUCUCAGUUCUGGUUCCGCCCACACAUCAACAGAGUUCAGGCUGAGGCCAUAGUGAUAGAUAAGGAGCCGGGGACCUUCGUGGUGAGAGACAGCACGUCCUUCAGAGGCUCCUUCGGGCUGGCUAUGAAGGUGGACCAGGCGCCCGUCAACAUAUCCCCUACUGGCCAACCAGCGGAAAGCAGCUCAGAUCUCGUGAGGCACUUUCUCAUCGAAUCGUCGGCCAAGGGCGUCCGUAUCAAGGGCUCCUCACAUGAACCGUACUUUGGUAGUCUGUCUGCCCUGGUCUUCCAACACACCGUCACUCCGUAUGCCCUACCCUGCAAACUUCUGCUCCGGUCACAUGAUCUGAACAAAGGACAGGAGGAAACGAAUGACAGGUCAGCACCAGAAGACAAGACCAAGACAGCUUGCAAUUUCCUCUACCUGAGUGCAAUCCCCACUGAGACGUUGACAGGGCCGUGUGCUGUACAAAAGGCUGUGUCCUCCACCUUCACGAUGGACCAGGGCACCAUCACACCCACCAUAGUCAACCUGAAGGUGUCACCCAAAGGUGUCACCUUGACAGACGUCCAGAGAAAACUCUUCUUCAGACGUCAUUACCCUGCACACAUGCUCAGCUACAGUGGUGAAGAUCCAGACAAGAGGCUGUGGCACAAGAGUUCCAAACCAGCAAGGAUAUUUGGUAUAGUGGCAAAGGGCACUGAAGCGGGUAGGGAGAAUGUGUGCCACGUCUUCGCAGAAUACGACCCUCUUCAGCCCUGUAAUCCGACCAUUGAGUUGAUACAGGGCAUACUUUUCAAACCAUAACCUCAUUCUGUCCAGUAUGGGAAGGUGAGAUAAGACAAUAUCACUGGACUGAAUGUUGGAAGCUCUUUACAUCACUACGGUCUACGAGGGCGCCCAGAGCCAGACCUGACACAGAUACUCUGUGUUGUGUCAAUUCACGGUCCUUGUAUGCAGGCACGAGAUCAGAGUUAAAAGUACGCAGAAAUGAAUAGGGCCUGAUUUAUUUUUUAUUUUUUUUGGGGGGGGGGGGUAAAAACAUAAUUUUAAAAAAAAAUCCACUGAGUAAAUCUAACAUCGAGCUGCAACACAGAGACAUGUACGGUGUGGACAUUCAAUGGGCUCUAAAGUGCCAGCAGUUCACUCGCAUUUGCUAGUGAAAGAAAUGAAUGCGUCCCAUUAGUUGUAUUUUCCACGUAACAUUACGAGGAUCACGCAACCUGAUAGUCUGUAAUUGUAAUUAUGAUCCACGUCACAAAAAAAGCAUUACAAAGGUAUUAAUCAAAAAUAAAUAUAAACAUCUUGGCAUUAAAUGUGGUCGGGAGUUUAGAAGAAUGCGCGAUGAAGAAUGAAUGAGUGUCCGGUAUUAGCUAUAGAGGCAAUGCUUCUAGAAUCCCUUGCACUAGAUUUGAGAUUUUAUCCAUUUUGAAAAUCCAAAUGAUGUAUGCAGCUGCAAAGAAACCUUUACAUAGGCUGAAACACUCUUCUAAUGAAGAUAUCGCUGACAUUGCCAAUGGGCAGUGCACUAUUGUUAAGUGACUGUCCCACUGGAUGUCAUAAGGUGAAUGCACCAAUUUGUAAGUCGCUCUGGAUAAGAGCGUCUGCUAAAUGACUUAAAUGUAAUGUAAAUGUAAAUGGCAGACAGAUUGCCAACAACAACCUUUUUGAGCAGAGUCUGGUCAACAUGCGCACGGAUUAGGCCUCUGGAGAGAAAUCGGCUGUGACGCUGGGGAUAUUGGUCUUAUUCCACAGCAAUGCAGACUGCGAACGAAUAUUCCGUCUCGUUUCCAAUAACAAAACCCAGUACAGAGUCUCCCCCAGUACAGACAUUCUGAUUGCCCUCGUUACCAAGGUUUCAAUGAUGGGCAGUGGAACUGAUUGCCACAGAGAAGUCUACCCUGGUCCCUGCUGCGUAACUCUAAAUCCGCUAGCUACCAGGCAAGUCUGCCUAGGAAAUGAUUUCCUGAACAUUUGAAGGUCUCUAGAAGAUUUGUUCUCACCCACUGUUUCCUAUCAUAGCUUUUUCGUUUGUACUGUAUUAUGGAUAACAUGUUUAUUUGAUACUGAUGCUCUGCUUCAAACAUUUGUUAUUCCUUAUCAUGUCAGAGUUUAUUUUAUUUUAUCGCAGAUAAGACGUUUGCACAUGUUAUUUGUUUAAUAAAAUCAAAACUCAAAGAAUAAA